AAAACAACAUAUCCGAAGAGCCCAGAUUGAGAGCUUGAAAGAUUUAUUAAACCGUUGGUCAAUGUAAAUGAGGGCUUUUUCGCGUCUUCAUAACCUUUCGUGCUGAAUUACGCUUUUCAUGUCGCACUCUGCCAAAAUAAUUGUUCCCAUGCAAUCAGCUAAAACGUGUUUGGAAUAUCGUAAUAUAUUCUCAUACACCUUCCUAAUUAAUCGACAUCGAUCCGACCCUCCAAGUCAUGCAAGCCGUCGGUAUAAAACAAGCGAAGCUAGCUCAUCACAUCAGUAUACAAGUUAUCUCUGACAGUGAGUGCUUUUUGGAAAUAGCAUAAAAUCAUGUUUUACGUCGAGAGUUUGGAUUCGAAAACUCAUAAUUCUUCACAUCCUCAAGCAACGACAUCGGGAUCGGAUGAAAAAAAGGAUUUUUAUUUACGUAUUGACCCGGCAACGAACAAAAAAAUUAUCAUAUCGACAGAAAAAUGUGGCGGCCAAUAUCGUCGACGAACAACGUCUAUCAAAAGUCGAAAGAUGACGGAAAAGCGACGCGCAUCCCUUCCCGCAUUUUACAAAUUGAACAUCAGAGCAUCAAAAACGUCACGAAAAACGCUUCUACAAAAACUCGGGGCGCGUCUCGCAAAAAUUGGCGAUGAAUUAGUGCGUAAGGCCCGCCUAAAGCCAGAAAGUUCCUCAGGUGGAAGUGGCGGAGAUUGGACAAACGACGCAGAUGCGAUAGCCCUUAAAAAGUACGGGAAAAAGUUAGCCUUUAUUGGCGACUAUUUAAACACAUUGUAUCUUGAGAAAAAUUCUCUGACAUGCACGGGUAAUCACUGCACAAGAAUGGUUGAGAGUUGCUUGGUGUUGACAUCGAUUUUGAUUGGGUUAAGCCACAACAACGUCAUUGUCGUAAGCGCCAGCGAUAUUGAUGCAUUGUCGUCGAUUUGCAGCGUGCAUCGUGCAAACUCCCUGUCACGAAAACGUCGAUAAUUGAAGCCUUUCACUAUCAGUGAAAAUUGCAGUUAUCUUGAUAAAUAAUUGGAAAGCAGCUUCAGUAAAAUUAAGCAAAGAAACCGAUGUUUGAUCUUUAAGGUGUAUAAAUAAUAAAUAGCCUUGUCAUUGUUGUUGCAUGUGUGGUUAGUGCGUCAAACCCCAAAAACAUCAAUUUGCUGAAAGUGCAAAAGGCCCUGUCCAAUUAUAUUAGUAAAUAUUUAUGAAAAAUAAUUCGCCAUCAACUGCUGUAAAAAUAUGAAAUGUCAUUCACAUUAACGAAGCCACCUAUAAAGUUAAUGCGUAAAGAAAAAGCAAGGAUACAAAUUAGUCGUGGUUUUCUGAAUUCUGUAUGGAAAAUUGAGUAAAAAUAUGAAAUAAUUUAUGAAAUAAAACUAAUAUUUACUAA